CUGAAUCCGAAACCCUAACUCAGUCUCUGCAAGAGCCAGCCAUGAGGGGUCUAAUCUCAAGCACCAGAAGGCUCAUCGCCGGCACCGGAAGUAACUUCUUGUGUUUCAGUCGCCGCGACUACAGCCUGAUACCGAUGGUGAUAGAGCACUCGUCUCGAGGGGAGAGAGCGUACGACAUUUUCUCCCGCCUGCUCAAGGAGAGAAUCGUUUGCAUUAACGGACCCAUUAACGACGACACCGCCCAUGUGGUUGUUGCCCAGCUCCUCUUCCUCGAGUCCGAGAACCCCUCCAAACCAAUACACAUGUACCUCAAUUCCCCUGGAGGCCAAGUCACCGCAGGCCUUGCAAUUUAUGAUACAAUGCAAUACAUCCGGUCUCCUAUCAAUACAAUUUGUUUGGGUCAAGCAGCGUCAAUGGCAUCUCUACUCCUUGCUGCUGGUGCUAAGGGUGAGAGACGGGCACUCCCAAAUGCAACGGUUAUGAUUCAUCAGCCUUCAGGUGGCUACAGUGGGCAGGCAAAGGAUAUGACAAUUCAUACAAAGCAGAUUGUUCGUGUUUGGGAUAAACUGAAUGAGAUAUAUUCAAAACACACAGGGCAACCAGUAGAGAUAAUUCAGAAAAACAUGGAUAGGGAUUAUUUUAUGACCCCAGAAGAGGCUAAGGAGUUUGGUAUAAUUGACGAAGUUAUUGAUCAAAGACCAAUAUCUCUGGUGACAGAUGCUGUUGGCAAUGAAAGCAAGGAGAAAGGUUCGAAUUAGGAUUAGAUGUGAUAAUCAAUACUGUUGUCUAAUUUCAUGUUAACUAUAUAAGCAGUUUUUGACAUUUGAUGUUAUGCUUCUGCACUUUAUAUGAUUUUUUUCCUGGCUUCCAAAUAUACUGAGCCUUAUCCUGCAAAGAGGUGCAUCCUUUAUUGUUGGAUUGACAAGAAGCCAUAAUAACUCUUAGAAUCUAACAGUUGUUGGGUACUAUUCUCAAGGAGAGGUUCUGGAUCACAUCAUUUUGAUGCUAAUUUUCCAAGAAUAAAGUUCAUUUAGUAUUUUAAGGCGAUUAUAGGGCUCCCUUAUACACAUGUGCUGAAGUUGAUUGAUUUUCUGAUUCCUGGAGAUGCUUGAGCACAGUUAAAACAAAAUCAGUUCAAUUUU